AUGGGCAACAUCGGUUCGAGGCACGCCUCCAACGUCGUCGACGGCUUCGUGCUCCGACUCGCGCGUAUCGUCGACUCGGUCCUGCGCACCAUCAAUCGCAAGCUCUCGGUGCUCAGCAGCUACUUUUUCUCCCGCGUCUUUGGCUACGAUGUCGUCUUCUCCGAUGAGCUCGCUUCGCCCACCUAUGCUGCUGGAGCAGGCGCCUCCGCCGCCACCGCACGCCGCGGCGAUCCACUAGUAUGUGGACCAGGCAAUGUGUGCAUUGUGCCUGCCUCGCGCAUCCAACAGCGUCUGGCCGAGAAGAAACGUCGCAGCGAACGGCGCAAGCGCGCAGAAGCCGCAGCCAUGGGCAAGGAGAUGCUCGACCGUCACAAGGCCGCCAACAGGCGAGAGUACUCCAAAGUCGACAGUCCACCCAGCAGCCCCAUCACCGAAAAGGAAAAGAUCAUUCACAGUUUGGGGCCCGUCGCAAGAGCGCCUCCGCCCAGACCCGAGACCGAGCGCGAGACAGCCGCAGAGAGGGACCGCGGAAAGCUGUGGGUGCUCGGCAAUGUCCAGCCCACACAUACAAUCCGUCCUCAACCCAAGGUGGCGUUCUACGAUCAGCCCGCGCCUGCUUCGCCCAUCGCUGGUGCAGGCGAGGCGAGCAUCGACGAGCACGUGCUCCAACGCAUGCACGAGCAACGUCAAGCCGCAGCCACCGUGCUGAUCAAGAAGGCGAUUCAGCCGCGCAAGUCGUCCAAGCUGCCGAGCCUCGCCAUGGCUGCGGGCACACGCAUCGAGGCGGUGGUCGAGAAGGACGAGACGUGCGUCGACGGGGCGGUGUAUGGCGGGCACAUGACUACGCGCAAGUCGGCGGGCGCCGAUGGCAAGCCGUUGCUCGCGCCGCGCCCAGUGCGACUGCCCGAGGGGGCGCUGUCGCUCGGACCGUCGCCGUGGGAACCUUCGUUCCGCCAUCCGUUUGCGGAAGCCGACGUGGCGCUGACGAGCAAGGCCAAGCAGCAGUUGCGACAGUACCGCCCCAAGCUUUCGCUCGACACUCAUGUCGAGACCUCGCCGCUGCCACAUGCGACGGCUGCGUUCGUGGCAUCGCCGCUUGCAUUCGACGACGAGACGGCAGACGACGUGGCCGAGUGGGGGGCGGCGAUUUCCCGACCGCCGUCAUCUGCCUCGACACGCGCCAAUCGUACGCCCGCGCUCGCACGCAGAUCCAUCGACGCCAUCUCGCUGCGCUCAUUCGACUCGGCGUCCAACCACGCCCACACCGCCAUCGACGUAAAGACGCUCGCCACCAAGGCGGUCAAGGAGGAAAAGGGCAGAAACGUCUGGAAGGACCAGGUGAACAAGGCAGCUAUGCAGCGAUGCCUCCUCCAGAAGAACGGCGACCAGGGGCGUAGGUUCAGUCUGGGCGGCCCGGGCAUGGCAACUGCCACGGGAGUAGAUAAGGCACUCACCCGCGUCCGCACCCACGAACUCGACCUGCCCACGCACAAAUCGGCAGGACGAAGAGGAUCAAGCCCAGCGUUAGCCUCGCUCCCACACAGUGCCAGUGCGUCUGGCCGAUCCACCCCCUUACUGCGCGCCGAAUCGCCCCUCCACACCGUUUCCCAUUGA